CCGUCCUACCAGUCCCCCCGGCUUUAGGGCUGUGGCCGAGAUGUCGCCGAGGAAGCUGGGCCCGCUGGGUGCGGCUCGUUACCCGCACGGCAGGAAUUAGCAGUGCUCCGGCGCCAGCCCCAUAGCCUCCGCCCUGCCGACGCACCUUAAAUCCCAGCCCACCACACCCGGGGCGCAGAGCCGGCAGCCGUGGGCACCAUGGAGCAGCAAGCCUGUCUCCUCCUCCUCCUCCUCUUGCUCCCCAUUUCUGCACGGUCACUCCCGGCCCCACACGUGCCUGGAAGAGAGGAGCAGAUGGGGACAGCAAAGCCUGGGUAUUGUCACCACAUCUCGGAAGUGGAGAGCUCUCUGGACCAGGACUGCAGCUCGUGCCACAAGAACACCUCCUGCUCCCACUGUGCCGGCGACGCUGACUGUCCUGGUGCCACCAAGUGCUGCCCCGGCAAAUGCGGCCACACGUGCCAGGAGCCAGUGCUCGACUUCUGCUACCUGCCCUCGGUCUGCGGGAACUGCAAGGCGCUCUUCAUCCGCUUCUUCUACAACGCGUCCAGCCAGCAGUGCGAGGAGUUCAUUUACGGCGGCUGCGGUGGGAACAGGAACAACUUUGAGACCGAGCGGGAGUGCUCCCAGGCCUGCUCCCACCUGCGCUCCCAGCCACGCCAGCGGGGCUCCCCCGGCCCCUGCCCCGUGGGGAGACGCUCCCCGCAGCCCUGCUCCCAGCCCCUCACCUCUCAGCUCCGGGUGCCCGGUAACACCUCCCCGCCGUGCACAACCCCACAGCCUGGGCAGAUAUCCCUGUCCCCAUGGCUGGGUGGUGGUGGUGGUCAUGGUGGCCGUGCUGGGGCCGUGGCUUGCCCGGGAAGCAUGGCGCAGGGCUGCGGUGCCUGCAACAACCUGGCUGCCCCUCUGUGCUGUGCCCUGCCUGGAGGAGUCCAGCCCUGCCAGCGGCCGUGCAGCUGUCAAUACAAGGACGGGUCAUUGAGCAGGUCUGGCUCCUGUCCUUCCUGCCCCAGGUCUCGGAUCCAGCCAUCCCAGUACAGCUCCUGCUUACAUCUAAAUUGGUUUCCGUUCCCAGUUCUGCCCUCAAGCUGCAGAUGUGACCUGGUCAGGUCCUAAAGCGAUGGCGAAACAUCCCCACUUCGAUGGGGAUCCCAGAGCUGCCCCCAGCCUCAGGGCUGUGCUCACCCUGCAUUGCUGAACCCCUGCAGCCCCACGCGUGCUGCUCAGACCCCCUGAUUGGUGCUGGUGAGGGGGACCCCAGCCUGUGUUCUCCAUGGGCAGUAUGGGAGCUGGCCCUGCAACACAGAAACUCAGAGGCAGCUGGAGAUGGCAUGCACUCGCUUUAUUGCUGGUGAUGGUGAGAAGGGGACAGGUCAGCUCAGGACUGUCAAUGCCCUGUGUCCCCACAUGAAUGGCACCUUCCUGCCAUAGA